AGCUAUCUCGCCCAUUGCACCAAUGACGACUGCAAGUCUUUCAAGGGCGACAGCGGCAACGUCUGGGUCAAGAUCGAGCAGCUCGCGUACAACCCGUCAGCCAACCCCCCCUGGGCGUCUGACCUCCUCCGUGAGCACGGUGCCAAGUGGAAGGUGACGAUCCCGCCCAGUCUUGUCCCCGGCGAAUAUCUGCUGCGGCACGAGAUCCUGGGGUUGCACGUCGCAGGAACCGUGAUGGGCGCCCAGUUCUACCCCGGCUGCACCCAGAUCAGGGUCACCGAAGGCGGGAGCACGCAGCUGCCCUCGGGUAUUGCGCUCCCAGGCGCUUACGGCCCACAAGACGAGGGUAUCUUGGUCGACUUGUGGAGGGUUAACCAGGGCCAGGUCAACUACACGGCGCCUGGAGGACCCGUUUGGAGCGAGUCGGCGCCGGAUGCCAACCGGCCUGGUCCCUGA